AUGCUCUCUCUCCUUUCUAAGGCGCUUUCCUACUUCUGGAGACGCGCAGAUGACGAAGAUGAGAGAUGGGCGACCUCUGAUGAUAAAGAAUUGAAAAGGGUACAAGGAGUAGUGACAAGACUGUGCCAUGAUUAUGGGAUGAUAGAUGACAUGAUAGUCUUUACGAAGGAUGUUGUCACAAAAAACAUGCUGCUGGCUGUUGGACAAGAAGUUAUUGCCACUGUGGAAGAGGAUAAAACAUCAGGUGGCCUGAAGGCUGUCAGGCUUUCAUCAUACUGUGGAAAUACUGUCAUUGCUCCAAAAUACAUAAACCUGGUAACUGAAAAACUACAUAUGGAUCUACAAAGCAACUAGAAUAUUUUAGCACUUGUGGCAUGUUUAG